AUGAUGGGAUUAGUGCCCUUAGAAAGGAGGCCCCAGGAGCUCUCCAGCUCUUUCCUCAAUGUAAAGAUACAGGAAGAUGACAGUCUGUUACCCAGAAGGUGGUUCUCACCAAUACCCAACCAUGAUGGCAUUCUGAUCGUGUACAUCUGGCCUCAGAACUACUCUUCACUUGGAAAUUGGCUGCUCGGGCGAAUGUUGUUUUUCCCCCUGCAGCCAGGUGUCGAAAAGCGAUUAACAGUUGUUGGACAAAACCCAUUCCCGGGCCAUUUGGGAGUUGCACGCGUUCGCACCCGAGGCUGCGGCGCCCCCACCCAGGCCCUACCACCGGCGUCUCCCGAGCUCCUCCCCUCCGCUCUCCGCCCCCCACGCGCCCCGGGUCGGUGCACUGCUGCGGGCCGUCCUCCCCCACCUGGGCUCGCGGCUUCGCUGCGCGCCUUUUGCCCCCCACCCCGCAGAUCCUCAGGCCUCUGGAGACCUUGGGUUGACGCCAGAGGCGACCAGGAGGAGGGGGCGAGGCACCACGCGGAGGAGGCGAUGCCGGUUGGCCCCGGGAUGACCGAAGCCGCUAGAAAGCUUUCCCAGUACAGACACCCAGUCAGACUAUUUUGGCCCAAAUCAAAGUGCUAUGAUUACUUAUAUCAAGAAGCAGAAGCUCUUCUGAAAAAUUUUCCAAUUCAAGCCACAAUUUCAUUUUAUGAAGAUUCUGAUAGUGAAGAUGAAAUUGAGGAGCUGACCUGUGAAAAUUAAUCUGAUUAGUUACUUUUGGUGACAUUCAGAGCUUAUAGAAUUUAAAUUUAGUGUACGAAUGUAUCAUCAUCCUUUAAAUUAAUUUAUUUGUAUAUAAAUUACUAAUAAAAUGAAAUAUUUUAUAAUUA